AUAAAAUUCCAAAGCCCGAAAGAAAUGUGGCCUAUUCAUAUUUUUCAUCACAAGGACAGCCGUCGAAACCUUGAGCUUAACAUUGGAGAUGGUCAUGGUGGACCAGGAUACUUAAAUGAAUGGAUUAAAGACAGUCAGAACCUGGGCCACCAGGUGUUCCUUGGUGCAGACUCUAAGUUCUUGGAUGCUGUUGCUGAUCCAGAGCUCAGCCCACUCUCCCAAGACAAGUGGAACCUAUGGAUGCAAUGCUCAGCAUCAGAAAAGGGAAAAGUAGAUCCAUCCACAGGACUAAGAACAGACCUCAACCUUUCAUUUGACCGUCCUCUUCCCAAGUCGCUGCUUCCUGCUCUUACUGGUGAUCAUAUCCUUAUGUGUAUUGACCAUGUUAAGUUACGCAGUUAUAACAAGUAA